AUGGAUGAAAAAGCGUUAGAGGAGGACGAGUGCCAUGAUGAAGGACAACAGGCGAUUGCUGCUAAAAGACGGAAAUCAGAUAAUAGAGAUGGGGAGGAAAAAACAGGGGAAGAGAAUGAAGAUGAGUCCAGUUACACUGGAAAAGGAACGGUGAUUGUGAACUUAGGCUGUGGAAUUGGUCAUAUUGGCAUCCAUUUGAUGGUGUUGCUAAGAAAGUCUAGGCUGACCACUGAUCAAAAACGAUUUUUAUUCGGUUGUGAUGUGAAGAAAGUUGUUGUGGAGCUUGCUGGAAGCAAUGCUUUCGAGAAUAAUAUCAUAGAAAACGAUUACAAGUUCGUUGAUGCCAAAAUGGAAGAUGUAAUGCCAAAUCUGAAAGCG